GUACGUCAGAAAAACCGGUUAAAGCAGUUCCCUCAUUCCUGCUGCUCCAAUUCUGGGAGAAAAGUUUUACGCUCUCCUCCGAGAAAGGGGGAUUGGAGUUUGAGCCUUGACUACGCUGUUUGCUCGCGUGCUGUCUCCUUGCCAACCGGACGAGCUCCGGGUCUAUUUUCAGAAGCGCUGCAUUUCCCGAGGUUUAUUCUAUUCACCUCCUUCACCAUUUCAAAAGUCCUGGAGUUUGUUUCCCCUGCAGCUGAAAGGAAAACAACACGCAUGCGUUGUCUGGAGGACUCCUUAUUGGGAAGUCACCUGGAUAGAGAGUCGGUGCAGUUUCUAACUUAAUCAAAAGUUUUUUCUUCAAUGGAAAGAGACGCUUGUACAACAUUCAGUGUGAUGCAAAGAGCUGACAUGAACCUGGAGCAGUUGGCUGAGAAAGAACUUCGUAAAGAUGAGGAAGAACAAAGGAUUUUGAGUGGUGAAAGCUCUGUCUCUGUGCUUACUCCAUUAGCUGGAGGGCCUCCCCUGGAUCUCAACGACCCUUUUUAUGAUGUCGCAAGGCAUGGAAUUGUCCAAGUAGCAGGUGAUGACAAUUAUGGAAGGAAACUGGUUAUUUUUAGCUGUUGUCGAAUGCCUCCUUCCCAUCAGCUUAACCAUCGGAAGUUGCUAGAAUACCUGAAGUACACACUGGACCAGUAUGUUGAGAGUGAUUACAUUCUUGUUUACUUUCACUAUGGGCUCAGAAGCAGCAACAAACCAUCUUUAAGUUGGCUACAGAAUGCGUACAAGGAAUUUGACAGAAAAUACAAGAAAAAUCUCAAAGCCCUUUAUGUUGUGCACCCAACAAACUUUAUCCGAAUUCUUUGGAAUAUUUUCAAGCCACUUAUAAGUCAUAAAUUUGGAAAGAAGGUGAUAUACGUAAAUUACUUAAGUGAACUGAGAGAACAUUUGAACUAUGAUCAGCUCAUCAUCCCUUCAGAAGUAAUCCAGUAUGAUGAAAAGCUGCGAGCUUCCCAAAAGGGAGGACCACCUCGACCAGCAAGGACUCGCCCACCCCGACCUCCACUUCCUCAGCAACAAUUUGGAGUCAGCCUGCAAUAUCUGCGGGACAAAGGAAAUGGUGAUCUCAUUCCUCUGGUAAUGAGACAGACUGUGCUGUUCCUAAAGCAGAAAGCACUUAAAACUGAAGGUUUGUUCAGACGAUCAGCCAACACCCAGGUCAUAAAGGAAAUCCAGAAACAAUAUAAUCUGGGUAAACCAAUUGAAUUUGAGGAGUAUGGAGAUGAGCAUAUUCCUGCUGUUAUCUUGAAAACUUUCCUCCGGGAGCUUCCACAACCACUUCUAACUUCUCAGAUUUACGACCAGAUCCAAAGUAUUAGUGCUGUUGAAAGCAGCCUACGAGUAACUCGAUGCAAGCAAAUAAUACAGGAACUUCCAGAACACAACUAUAUCAUUGUGAAGUACUUGAUAUGCUUUCUUAACAUGGUGUCCCAGGAGAGUAUUUUUAAUAAAAUGAACCCAUCAAACCUGGCGUGUGUCUUUGGAGUGAACCUGAUCUGGCCCACGAAAGGACCUGCAACAUUGCAUGCCCUACCGCCAAUAAACAUGUUUACUGAGCUAUUGAUUGAGUACUACAGCCAAAUCUUCAGCUCCAGGAUUCUGCCCAAUGAGGUGCUGCCAUAAACACUGCUUCAAACACUGCAGCUAACCUCAGUAAGUCAAUGGACAUAAUGGAUACGUCUGAUACUGAUGGAAAAGCCAAAUGCUGUAGUUGGUUCUGUAUUAAAUUGCAUUGGCCACAGACUCUUUCAUGUGUGAAUAUCACUUCAUGAUACUUGAAGCUUGUUUGUCACUUGCUGAUACCAAGAUGACGAAGAAGGAAGUGAUAUAAAAUGUUUUUUAAAAUUUUGACUGGAGAUUUAUAAAACAGAAAAACUGAUGUAAAAAUCAGUGUUUGCUUCCAUAAUGCCAGUGGCAUUGUUUGUAAACAUUGUAGACUUUUGACAUGCCAGCUCCUUUUCCUUUCAUUUAUCAAAUUCUAGUUUUGACUGUGUAGUAGGGAGGUAGCAGAUUGGACCUGGAGCCUGUUUUCCUGCUGCACCAUUGGUAUGUGUAGUACAGAGAUUAAAACAUGGAAAUAAAAUUACUUUAAAAUUGUGAAAAAUCUACAAGGCCAGUUUCUUUUAUAUGUGGUGUGGAUAGAACCUUAUUAUGAAUCAUGCACCAGUGCCUUAAAACAGUAUUAAUCUUUUCCACAUUGUUGCUAAAUGGGUAUGAGAACCGCCAAAGUUGAUGUUUCUCUAUCCUAUUUCAUUAAUUUAAGGGAGAAGUGACUAACGAGUUAAUAAGCCCAGAUAUAAUUAACAUCACUUAUUAUUGAGGACAACACUCAGGCAAAUUUUGCGUCCCUGAGGUAAGAGAGUGGUAAUUUUUACCAUUUAGUCUCUGCAACAAGUAAGGACAGACUGAUGAUAGAUCUGUUUAAAGUGUAGAAAAAAGUUUCAGCUCAAAACAGCUUUUUCCUCUGUACUAGUUUUACUUUACACAUUCUGUAUGUGAAUCCAUCUUCUGGGCUCUGUGGCCAUUAAUGCUAAAAAAUUAAGAAAAUGAAGGUCUUGGAACAUUAGCAGCUGGGUUGAUAGGACCAUGGCUUUUUACCACUUUGGUCUAUUGCAAGUGUUGGAGGAAGAGCUUCAACUCAUCACAUGGGGUUUGCUUCAGUCUUGGGUGCUAGUGGUGAAAAGAGACUAGCCCACUUGUACCACAAAUUUACAAUUUAUAUUUAACAGUGAAAGGAGUUUAUUUUUCAUCCACUAUGUAUUUAUAAUUUUGUUAAAUUAAUAAAAUGCAACAUGGACUAUGUUGCCUGGCUUUGUUAACAUUAA